AUGGCUAAGAAUAAUGAUGAAGUGAGUGAGAUAUCAAUGCAUGACAAGGGCCGUGGAGACAUGUUCAAUCCCGCGGAUUUGCGAGUUCUAGCCAUUGAUGCUAACGUUGUCUGCCUCAAGUAUUUAGUAGCCAUCCUCCGAAAGUGUCAAUACAGAGUUACAUCAACAACAUUAGCAGCUGAAGCUUUGAAGAUUUUGAGGGAAAACAAGAAUGAUUACCACGUUGUUAUUACUGAUGUUAAAAGGCUUGACAUGGAUGGUUUCAAGCUGUUGGAGAUCAUAGGCCUUGAAAUGGACUUACCCGUGAUUCUGGUCUCGGCAGAGGACAGUCAAAGCAGCAUUAUGAAGGGAAUAAGACAUGGGGCCAGAGACUAUCUCUUAAAACCUGUAAGAAUACAGGAAAUGCAAAAUAUAUGGCAGCAUGUUGUAAGGAAGAGGCUCUCUGAUUCUUCCGAUAAAUCUAGUAGCUUUACAAAGGAAACAAUUGAACAAGAAUCAGUGCCAACCGAAACCAAGGCAGAGGCAGAGCUCACGGGGGUCAAAAAGAAAGAAAUUAUCGGUAACCCAAAUGGCGAUGCUUGUAGUGGUAAAAAACCCAGGGUGACAUGGUCCUCCGAGCUCCAUGUUAAGUUUGUUGAUUGUGUUGAGAAACUGGACGCACGUGGAGAGAGAGUUCAGCCCAAAAGAAUUCGUGAAAUGAUGAACGUGGAAGGUCUUAGUCGAGAAAACAUUGCCAGUCAUCUUCAGAAAUAUCGAAACUUGUUGAAGAAGCACAAGGAUAAAAUGAACCAACAAGACAACGCAGGGACUGAUUUGAAUAGGUAUGGAAGAGUUUCAGCCACAAAGAACGGUCUUUGGAACACUUACGGUGAUUCUACACAGAAGUCACAAUCACUAGCUAGUUCUUUUACAGAUUCGAAACGAAUGUUUUUUCAACCAAGUAAACAGAAUGUUUUCCUAGAAAACUCGCUACCUAGCAAUAUCACAAUGAGAAAACCUGUUCCAGUGCCAGAAUUCAAAGGUUUAAACUUCUCAGCAUCUAGUUCGACAUGGAAAUUGCCUACUGAGUACACGGGAUCUCAGUCUUUCGGCCACGAUCCUGGUCUUUGUAAUCUGUCACCUCUUUUAUGCUCUCCUGCUGCUUCUUUCAAACCGUCCUUUCCGAUGCAUGGACAUACUUCAAUUGACACGAGCCCAGCUUCUGUUCUUUCUAAUCCGAGUUAUUUUCCUGGGCAAUAUGGUGAAGGAAUUUCUAUGAAUCUCUGUGGAAGUGGAACUUCAAACUUUAGAGCGCAUGAUAGUCACUGUGCAUACAGGGACCAAAAAUCACUGCUGGAAGACUUCAUGAAUAGUGAGGAAGCUAAGUUAUUCAUGGAUGAGGAAAUUAGCGACAUGGUCAACCAGUUUAACAGUGAUGCGACUCCUAGGCUAUGAUUUGUGAAGUCCUUCCUUCUGAAGCUCUUGCAAUCUACCACGCCAAACCAGAAAUGCAAAUUUAUUUGUGAUUUUACAGUGUACCUUAGAACUCUGAC